AUGGCGUUGGUCACAUGUUUCGAGGAUCUAGCCGAUUUAGUAUUGAUCGUGGUGUUUGCGUAUCUGUCAUCUUACGACAUUCUUUGGGGAUUGACUCAUCUUAAUCAUCGCCUAACAAUGUUAAUAACUGAACAAGGUUUCUUUUCUCGUAUUAAUUUAUCUCUUGCACGUUACCAUCAGUUUAAUAGAAUUCUUAAUUUUCUUCCAUUGAAUCAUAUUCAAUCACUCUCAAUUGAUAGUGAUGCAUCUCCAUUUCAAUUAACUCAUUGGCCUUAUUUACCUCACUUGAAAACUCUGCGUAUCAUUGGUGUAUAUAAUUAUGAUGAUUUUUCAGUUUUUGUUUUACUUCAUGCAGCAGCACUCACUCAUCUCAUCAAAAAACAAGCGAAAGAAUGGUCCCGGUACGUAUCACUCAUGUGUUCCUAA